AUGUUAGCUUUGUUACAAAGUCUUUUUGACAAUGUUCAAGUUGAGGUGUUGCUUUCUGGUGCAACAUCCAGAUCAUUCCAACCAUUGACUGGCGUUAUGCAAGGAUCUGUGCUUUCUCCCCACCUUUAUUCCGUGUACAUAAAUUCUCUACCAGUUGCUCUUCGUGCUGCAGGGGAACUUUGUAACACAGUAUUUAAUCAGACUGCUGCCACAAGACUCAAUGAUCAAUUAGUCAAUUCACUACUUUUUGCUGACGAUGUUGCCAUCAUUGCUACACCAGAAGCUAUGCCUGUCAUUCUGAAUUCUGCUGAACAACAUUCUCAAGAGCUAGGAUAUCAUUGGAGUCCCACCAAGUGCAUGAUCCUUCACUAUUCUUGUUCUCUUUCUCCUUUGUCAUUCUCUCUCUACAAUGUGCCUAUUCCUCAUGCUCAUUCGUUUCCUUACCUUGGUGUUCCCUUCUCAGCAAAGGGGACUAUUGAUCUAUCUCUUCUCAUCUCUCGUAAUUGUGUCUCUGCUAUUAACAGCAUGUGUGCUCUUCAAUCACUUGGUGUCAAUCACACUGAGUUGUCACGUCUACUCUCAAUUCGUUUGUAUCGCCAGUUUAUUCAUCCACAAUUUGAGUAUGGCCUAGCAAUAUCCUGCUUCAACAUCAAACAAGUUGCUGUGCUUGAAAAGGCCCAGAACACAUGCUUACGCAUGAUUUUUGGAGGUCACUCCACAUCUUCUACAUCUGUUUUCCAUCACCUUGGGAAUCUUCCUAGCAUGAGGGAGAGGAUCUUGACUCUUGGUUUCAAGUUUGUAUAUCGUGCUUUCUGGUUGCCUGAUGAGGCUCUGUUUACUCUUCUUCGACCUGUUCUUACAAACCCAGCACACCAAUGGUUUAAGCUUUUAGCUAAUCCCAUUUGGUUGUCUCUCUCUAAUCGUCAGAAUGCUGAUUCUAAAGCUUGCAAGCAUGCCAUUCGUUCAUUUUUGAACCAGCCCUCUUCUUGCAACGCUCUCAACAAAUACUUCUCUCUGCUUGCCGUCCUUCUCUUGGUGUUGACCCUAUUCUCUGGCUUCCCAUGA